AUUGAUAUUUAUUAAAAUAUAAGUAUAUUUAUAAUUAUAAUUCGAAAUCAUGAAUACUUGUAAGAUACCGGUGCCAGUCGACGAUAGUGAUGGUGAUCACAGGUGGUUAAGUAUUCAUAAUCGGUUCCUUUCCGAAAGUAAAGAAAAAGAUGCCGAUGUUAUUUUUAUAGGAGAUUCAAUAGUGCAAGCCCUUCAACAUACUGAUGUUUGGAAUGAACUUUUUGUUCCUUUACAUUGUUUAAAUUUCGGAAUUCAUAGGGAUAAAAUAGAAAACGUGCUGUGGCGAAUUCAGAAUGGGGAACUAGAUAAUGUAAAACCUAAAGUUAUUAUUUUGCAUGUUGGUACAAAUAAUCUUUCAAAUACACCUGAAGAAAUAAGGGAUGGACUUAUGGAACUAAUAGAAAUUAUUAGAAAAAAGCAUCCAAAUGUUUACAUUGUUGUUCCGACUUUAUUGCCUAGAGGUCAAAACCCAAACCCAGUCAGAGAAAAAAUAUCCAGGGUCAACAAACUUCUAAAAGCAUCACUAGACAGUCAAUUUAAAAUAGAACUGGUAACUAUUGAUAAUGGAUUUGUUCGUACAGAUGGAACAAUUAGUCAUCAUGAUAUGUAUGAUUAUUUAUUGUUGACAAAUUCUGGUUGUAAAAAAGCAUUUGAACCAGUCUAUGACCUCUUGUUGCAGCUGUUAAGCGAUGGUGAACCAGAAAAUGACCUUACCCCCUCAGAGUAAAUAAACUGCGAUAUUGUCAAAUUGUUGGGCAAGAAUAAUUACUUUCUUAAAAUAUAUUUUUAUAAGCAAAUAGAUCUUUUAAGUUAAAGUUUAUAUAUUGAUUCAUAGCAUUCUGAAAACAAAAGAUUUUAAAAUAGUUUAAUUUUGCAGCAUAUUUUCUUAUCCAUAUUCUAUUAUCGACUCUUAUCCUUACUUAGGAUCACAGUGGGUUUAUAUAACACAGUACAUAUACUGUAUAAAUCAAAAUAUUGAUUUUAUAAAUGCUAGAAAAUCC